GGGAUCAGGCGGGUGGUAGCCCAGCUGGAGCUCUGGUGGACAGCCGUCACCCAGUGAGUCUGUGGUUGAAGUGAAGCCUAAACUAGGUGUGUGCUUUCUUGCUUUAAAACAUGUCUUGAACACUGUCCGGGGCAGGAGUCCUCUCCGAGUGGUGUCUCGCGAUGGAUCAUACAUCAAAACUGAUGGGGCGUUGAAACCAGAAAAGCAGCAGCAAACCCACUAAAAUGGCGACCGUGGAAACGGACACUACCCAACGACAGCAUCCCGGGGCUUGGGCUUUGCUUGAGGUCUCUGUCCUUUUCGCGAUUCGGCGUGUGUCAGCUUCUGACUUGUGUGGCUGAUGCUGAGGAAGGGGAGAGCUCCUUGCCGCCGAAUUGUCUAUUUGUUUCCCCAGCGAAGGACAGCGGUUACUUUGAGCCGGUCCGUGCUUUCACCAGCUCUCCUGGGAAUGUAGCAAAGGGUUGGUCCCUCUUGUCCUGCGUGGUACGCUUCGUCCAAGGCAGCUGUGGUUCAGUCACACUGGGGUGUUUCUCCCCUCAUUCUGCCUGGUGUUUCCUUAAAAAGCUGCUUCUGUGUGCGUGCGUGUGUGCCGGUUCGUUCAUUGCCCAGCUCUGCCUCCAUCUAAGGAUAAGAGUAGCAACAAGAAGAGCUGUGCAGAAUCAGGCCAAUGAGCAUCUGGCUGAAUCUUGUGUUCGCACCCUGCAUGGCCAGCCAGCUGCCUGCAGGAUUUAUCAAGCCGGGCAAGAGACGGCAGCACUCUCCUGCCCAUGUGCCCCAGCAAGUGGUGUCCACGGGCCCCCCGCCUGUGAUACUGAAGGUAGCACACAGCCGCCAGGACUGGUCGCUCUGGGCAGCCUCCUCUUGCAUGAAUUAGGCCAGCCUCCUUUCAGCUGUCCAAAUCGGGGGCCACCCCAUAUCUCAAGGCAGUGAAUUCCACAGUUUAGCUCUGUGUUGUGUGAAAAAGGCCUGCCUUGGAUCUGUCCUGAAUCCCUCUCUCCUUCAGAUGACUCCAUGUUCAAGUCCUGUGAGAGGAGACCCCCUCGCAAUUCAGCACUUGGUGGGCAUCUGUCGUGGCCCCGUUACCUUGCUUUUCCGGAGACAGAUAAUCCCGGUUGUUGUAGCCCUUCCGCGUUGGAGAGUUGCUCCAGCCCCAGUCCGGGCCGCUUUCUGUACUUUCUCCAGUCAGCAUCGUGUUCAGGUUCAGGGACUAGUAUUCGCAGUAGUGCUUGCACCGCAGUUCUGCAUAAAGUGAUUAAGACCUUGGCAAUUCUGUGUUCGGCCCCUUCUCUGGUUUUGUCUAGCGUGGGGUUUGCCUGUUGCACAGUAGCUGCGUGCCGAGUCGGCGUUUUCAUUGAGCCGUCCGCUCUCUCUUGGUCAGUCGCCGCUUGGUCAGUGCCCACCGGCUUGCAGUGGCCGCACUGGCCAGGCUGAGGCCCGUCCGCUCACUUCGGGAAGACCCUCAAAAUCCCCUUAUUUUAACCAUCCUAUAUAAUUGGGUUGUUACCAGCGCACCCGGCCAUUUCACCACUCACUCCUAAUUCCAGUUCAUUUACAGAGAAGCUGAAAAGAAGUAGCUUCAGUACAAGUCCCUGUGGGAGCCCGGUGUUUACGUUCCCAUUUAAUUCUCCGUCGGUGUUCCUACUCUCUCUCUCCUUGCCGUUCUUUAACCAGUUACUGUUGAUAAGGAGAUACUUUUGAAUAUGAGAAAUGCCCGGAUGCUUAUACUGCUUGGCUGAGCAAGCCCCCAUCGGAGGCUGUGUUGCUUGGAGUGGGCGGGGGCUGGGUUGUUGCAUGCUUAGGCCUCUUGCGUGUUGCGUGGCUGAGCCAGGUGGGGGAAUGUUGUGCGGCUGGACUACUGAUGGGACUGUUGCUUGGGGCCAGACAAGUGUGAGGAAUAGGAGCACCUCCAGGUCUAAAUUUGGAAUGAGAGGCAGCUGCUCAAAGCUUGCUAGAGAGUAGUCUUAAUUGUGCACAUCUGCUUUUCAGCCCUUAAAAUUCAGCAGUAUGAGAUGUCCUAAUGAUGAUUAAUUGAGACUGGCAAAAUGCUUUAAGUUCAAAGGGGUAAGCUCUGCACAAGACCGAAUGGAACCUCAGAAUCCUGAGGGGCAGCUUUGCAUUUCCUCCUCUGGCUUAUAUUCUAAGCUACCCUUGGGGCUUUCUUUUAGUGAAUCUAAAUCUUAGUAUGUUUGAACUGGGCAUACUGGUUUUGGCGCCCUUGUGGGCUUGGGUGGGAGGAAGAGCACAGUCAUGUUGGCCCAACAAGGUUAUGUUGUGUGCAGUCACUUUUGCCGUUGUGUGUGUGUGUUUAUUACCCAUAGCUGCCCUUAGGCACCUCAUGGGAAGGCAGUUUCUAACAGAGAAGGAUGCUCCCCUUGUUGGAUCCGGGGCAGAGAGUGGUGAUGGAGACAGCUUGUCGCAAUCACUGGUGUGUGGCUGUCAGAAGAGAGAAUCAGGGCCUGUACGUUUAGGCAGUUUGGGAAUAACGGAGGGAGGCCCUGCCAAGGGUCCAAAUGCUUUGCUGCGUACCUCAGGCGGUCCGUGCAAGUUGGCCUCUGCAGCUGGGAGGGGUCCACAGCGUUUGGAUAUUGUGCCGGCUGUAUGCACAGGGUGGGCCCAGCGGUUGAACGGCAGCGGCUGGCUGCUCCCCAAAUGACUGCAACGCUUCGUGAGGUGCCUAGCACAGGAAUUGCGUGGAAAAGGAGAGCGCCUGAGCUGGGCGUUCAUGGUUUCUGAUUGUGAUUAUCCCUGUUUCUGGCUUGUUGGUGUAUGUGAACCUGGAAAGUCUGGCUUGUUUACGGGUGACCCAGGCCAGCUAGUGAAAAGAGCUUGAGUAGAAGAGUCAGGUCGGACUUCCCCCAGAGAAGCCUGGACAGCUGCGGCCUGGUGUGGCUGGGUAUCAAGUAAUUCUAUCCAGAUCAUCCCAGCUGUCCUGACACAUCUCUGGGUACCAGAUGUUGGAGCAGGCGCUUGCCUGCCUGAGAUCCUGCUUGUGAGUUUCCAGGGGAAGACACAAUUUGAUGACGCUUCUGCAAGAUUUUGGGGAGACAGGAAUACUUUGAAGGGGUGAAGGCGACCCAAAGAGAAGAAGAGCGGUUUUGGAGCUGAGCAGUGCCGCUUCUGUAUGUGUGCAGAACUGGAUCGCCGUGUCGUCCAGGCUGUGGAGGGCAGGACCUUGAGAAGUUUUGGACUUUGUUCCAAGAAGCACGGCCAGUGGUCAGGAAUGCUGGGAGUUGAAGUCCAAAAUGUCUGGAUAUCCACUUCCUCCUCAUCCCGAUCUGGAGCAUUACUGUCCAACCUAACCGGCUGGGUGUCUCCAAGGCAAAGAUCUCGCUCAGCUCUGCUUUCAGCAGCAAGCAGCAGAAGCCGGGGCUGCUGGAAGGAAGUACUCGAACCUAUGAUUCCAUGAAAACGAGCUGAAAACAAGAUGGCCUUAAGGAAACCGCUGUGACAGCCGCGCAUGAGGCUCUGUGCUGUGUGUGUGAAGAAUUAGAUUCUUGGGGUUCUGUUCAAGAGCUGUUGUGAUACAAAAACGCUUUGGGCUUUGAGGACACCGGUUCCAAGUGCCAGAGCAGGCUGGCUUCGGUGUGCAGAGUUCUGCUUAAUUUUGUUUACGAGAACUCCAAGCUGCACCGAGUUGCGUCUGGGGCAGGAAAACAGACGCUUAGAAUUAAACCCUCUGAAUCCCAGGAACUGGUUUUGAGUACCAAAACAAAAUGGGGCUCUCAGUCUUUCCACACACAAGUCAAGUUCUGGUUAUGCAAAACUUUCUUUAUUUCAGCCGUGCAAUUCAGGCUUGGGGUGUUUCUGCUGUUGUUGAAAAGCUGCGAGUCAGAAAUCCUUGCCAGUCUGUUGCAAAUCACUCAGAUCCACCAGUGGAACCAGAUGCACUUUCCGUCCACUCCAGCUCAGGGCACAAUCCAGUAUUGUCCUUUAACCUCACUGGUGCGCAAAAUUACAGAGCGCUGCCCUCCCAUUUCUCUUCAUUUCUUCAUGGCAGCCCCCGAAAGACAGCCCGGAUCAAUCUUACAGCACUUCACUUCUUUAAAAAAUGCACACUGGUCUUCUCCCUCCUCCCCCAAAUCAGCCCACAGAAACUGAAAUCGGCAGCUGCUUUCUCUGAAAAUAACAUGUCUAUUGUCUCAUGUGUGGCUUCAGAUUUGGCAUGAUCGUUGCUUCGGAGAGGUUGCUUUCAACAGGUUAUUUGAGGGCAAAGGAAUGUCUUAGCCUUACCAAGAAUUAAGCUUGCGCCUUCGCUUAUGUGCCGUUUUCUCCUGGAGGCAGUUUGCUGUGGCGAGGACAUUAUGUACUUCAAGUUCUCCUUUGUGCAUAAGGGCUAAAGUUGACUCUCAAAUCCUUUGGGGAUUUUGAUAGCUCUCUCGCAGAAACCCCAUCAGACCAUGAAAUGUGUUUGCUGCAACACAAGGUAGAAGUCAUGUCCUGGUUUAAAGUGGAAGCUUUGCCUUCGGCAUCUUCUACCUGUGCCUUCUUAAGAAAUGCAGUCUCUGAGCAUGGGCAGAGUGGGUUGCCCUGACAGUGACUUACCUCCCUUACCCAGGAACCAGAUGUGCCCAUAGAUGCCCCGUGCAAACCCACUAUCUGGCGCAGGGAGUUGCUUCCUGAAUAUCCCUGCUUCCAUUUCCGUUGAAAUUUAAAGCGAGUUGCUACCAUUCUAGCCAACGAGCAGUUUGGGAAAUUCUCUGGCAGCCCUCUGAAGGUUGUGGGGCACACCAUUUAGGGUGCGUGGGAUUCCCCUGGAACUCCUAGAGAGCCUUCCAGCCCAGGAUUGCUGGAAUCUCUUGCAGUUUUGCAGCCCUUUGUUCAACACCUCACAGAUUAAAACUAGCACCUUGAAUGGGAUUCAGCAAACAGGAAUGCUGGCACAAAUGCCGGAACACCAGCAAAGGGUGCUGUCAGUGACCUACCUAGGCCAGGACAAAAUGAUAAAAAUGUGCUCGUAUUUUUCAGGAAGUCACACUCUUAGAUGUUUUAUGCUCCCAUUGUGCUCUGUGAAUACGGCCUUUGAUCUAAAGUACCGUUCAUGUGAGUGUGUGUGUGGGGGGGAAUGUUCUUGUUUCUCAUUGGCCUCUUGCCUGCCACUCUGCCCCCCCCCAAAAAAAAAGCUGGGGGGAAGGUUAGUAUCCCUUGAGCUGCUGUUCACAGAGGCAGCUUCAGAGCAAAGUCAAGAUAUCUGCCUUUCAGUCACAGCCAGACUAGCACCUCUUCUGUCUUCAGCAAACUCGUUAGUGCUGGUGCAUUUGACUUUUGUUCAAGAAGCCACUUCCUCCAGGGUUUGAAACCUGCUUCAGCAUUUCAAGCAGGAAUGCCAGUUCGCACGACUUGGUUCUUGAAAGAAAGCCAUCUUUCCAGGUUUUUUCCCAUGCUGGCACUUGUGGGGCUUCUUCAAUAGAGCUGGGAGAACCGAAGCCACUGAUGCGGCUAGAUGCUAUGCUGGCCUUCAUUGUGGAUUAUUUUACCCAAGUCAGCCUGUCAUGCUUAUGGGCAACCUCUUUCAUUAUCCUCUAUUUCUACACUGCCCAGUAGCCAAAGCUUUCUGGGCAGUUCACAGUCAUUUCAGGGGUUGGCAUGUCAUGCAGACCUGGCGAGCUGGGCUUGUAUUAUGGUUAAACAGACCUCACAUAGCCCAACCUAACCCACGCUUGCUGGGUUUGCAUGAUAUUGCCCCCAAACUGGGGUUGUGUAUUCAAAAUACUGCAUGCACUUCACUGUAGGUUAGUUACAUAGUCCGUGAGUUGGUGGUGUUUCAUGUCAACAGGCCCGCUGGGUUCUGCUUCGGCUUGACUCAGGGCCGGCUUGUGGGGUUAUAUCCAGAUUGCAGAUGGACCCUGCAGUGAGGCGGAGCUGAUGCAGGAAAGUGUCCCGGCUUGUGCUUCUCCCUUCUCAGCAACCUGGGCGUGCAUGUGCACUCCUGCAGGCUAGUGAGAGCACUGUGGUCUAGUAACUUGAAGGAAUUGUUCAAAGUCACUUUAGGUUGUAGUUUGUUCUCCCUUAUGGGAGUAUGGCAAAUCUUGUAUAAUCCCCAGGCCCCAUCGUAACCCAGAUACAGUGUCUGUAUGAGACAGAUGUUUUUCUUCCUAUGUUUCCUUAUCUCUUCCCUUUUUCUGUCUCCCUUUAUCUAAUUUUUGAUUGUAAGCCACUCAGGACAGAGACCUGUAAGCCUGUAAAGUGCCAGGUGCAUAGAUAUACAAGUCAGAGAAUGCAAUCAAUAGAAAUAAAUUUCCAAGUUAGAGGCUUUUAUAUCUUGACUUAUGUUUUGCCUGCAGGAUGUGGCAGACGCUUUGUUCUGCUUAAAGCACUGAAAAUAACUUUGAAUGUGUUUUGAAUGGGCUCCAUUGAUGGAAGGAUUAUUUCAGACUCGCCUGCAAAGUAUUCUAACGAUUCCAGUAUUGAAAGUAAACAUGAAGUCACGAUCCUAGGAGGACUCAACGAAUUUGUAGUCAAGUUCUAUGGACCACAAGGAACACCGUACGAAGGUGGCGUGUGGAAAGUUAGGGUGGACCUUCCGGACAAAUACCCCUUCAAAUCCCCAUCAAUAGGAUUCAUGAAUAAAAUUUUCCAUCCCAACAUUGAUGAAGCGUCAGGAACUGUAUGUCUAGAUGUAAUUAAUCAGACUUGGACAGCUCUCUAUGAUCUUACCAAUAUAUUCGAGUCGUUCCUGCCUCAGUUGCUGGCCUACCCCAACCCCAUAGAUCCCCUUAAUGGUGACGCUGCGGCCAUGUACCUUCACCGACCAGAGGAAUACAAACAGAAAAUUAAAGAAUACAUUCAGAAAUAUGCAACAGAGGAAGCACUGAAAGAACAGGAAGAAGGCACCGGGGACAGCUCUUCGGAGAGCUCCAUGUCUGACUUUUCAGAGGAUGAGGCCCAAGAUAUGGAAUUGUAGUAGAAGCAGCGCCCUGCUUUUCAGAGAGACUGACUUCCUAACCAUGCGCUGAGAAGCAGACUAUAAUAUUCAUAUUUAAACAAAGCAAUUUUUUAUUACUAAACAAGGUUUUUAUGAAUAAUAGCAUUGAGAUAUAUAUACAUAUAUAUAUCACCCUUUAGAUCUUGAUUUAUUGGUCAUUUCUCAGAACCCAAGCGCAUUUCCCACAUUCCACUUGGUAGCAAUAUGAAGCCCAGAUGCGUGCAUGCAUCCAUCCACCCAUAAUUCCAUUUGAGCUGAGUCAACCUGUGGGCUACCGAACUGUCAACCUAACCACACGCUUUGCUAGGGAGAGGGCAUGGAUGUUCCCUUUUCUUCUUUUCUUCCUUUUUUUAAUUAAUGGUUCCAAAGACGGCAGGCACUCUUGGAUGCAAAAAUGGAACAGCACUUUCAGAAUGUAAAAGGAAAAUAUUGGGGGAUAAAUGCUAGACAGACGAGGCAGUGAAGUCAGCCGUGCCCUUUCAUUUCUUCCCGGCUGCUUACACCUUGACUGGAGUCGUCCUUUUGAAAAAAACACCAACUGAAUGCAUUGACGAGUCAGAAUUUUGCAAGGUGGCUUUGCUACUAAGUACGCUUUGUAUGGACUUCCUGCCUAGAGCCUGGUGGUGCAAUUGGCCUGGUUUGCUCGGAGGAGCUUCCGGAAGCCGACGGCUGGGCUGUUGCGUCACCUUCCCGGCCUGGAUGCUCGCUGGGUCCUCUUCUGUUUCUAAGGCACAGAAGGCAAGCACUGUUCAAGGUUGGCUUGACUCACCCGGAGUGCAUAGCGUUCAGCCCAUCUCGGUCCUGCUGGCAAAAGCCACUGGGCAGUCAUUACAUAGAUACAUCAAUGCACAUGCGCGCCCUCUCGAUGCGCCUGCCAGCGCUGCACAAGGUGGGCUGCAGGCGUGGGCUUGUGACCAGGCCGAGGUGUCCGUGCGCUCCCUUUGCCGCUGCUCGCAGCUCUGUCGGCACACGUGUCCACCUGCUCCCCAGCUGCUCUGAAGGACCCUUUCUUCGGUGGGCAGGCCAGGCAACCUAGGAAAGCCCCCUGUGGUGGACUGGGUGGGGGCUUCUCUUCAAGAGGGGGAGUGGGCAAGAGUGCCGGUCUCAGAGAUGCGUAAUUGGAUUUUCCAAAAUUUCUUCUGGUGCAUUUUGAACCCAUGAGGUCUUCCCCCCGGCCCUUGCAUUUAGUCGUUAGCAAACCUCAUUCUGUAAAUGCCUACCUGGGACGUCGGUGAUACUUGAAUAUGGAUCAGAGCGAGAGCGCCCAGCAAGAUGGAUCUCUGAUUCGGAUGCUGCCUCUGCUGUAUUGGGGAGGAUUCCGAAGGGAAGUCUUUGUAGGGAGCAGCCGUUGGUGUCGGCUCCGGAGGCAGAAUAUGGGAUUUAAACGUGGGUGACUCAAGCAGAACCCUGAAUGUCAAACAAAGCUCAGUAAAUUGUAUUUCUCCCCGGUUGUUUCCUUGAAAGUUUGGAGUCGGGGUGUGUGUGUGUCUCUUUGGUGGUGGGAGGGGAUGUCAGAAAGUACAAUCCUAAAGCGUGAUCCGUUUGCUUUUUCCCUUUUGGAAAGAACUUCUGUAUAGUAGAAUCUGACUUUGGCAUGAUUAUUUUCCUUUAAUAAAGCAAAAGCAUACCAAG